AUUUCUUUAUUUAGCAUCGCUAUGUUUUCGAUAUACAAUAAUGAACAAUCAAAACGGAUGAAAAAUUUCUACCCAAAAGGGUUCAAACUAGAUCUUUGCUCGAUUCCUCUGAUGAUGACAGCUGAACACGAGAGAAUCAAUUUGGGAUACUGCGGAAACACUUGCUGCUAUGUAAAGGCGCAACUCCUCGAAUUAAUUCUCAGAAGGAAAUGUCAGUCAAAUGUUGCUUAUGGGAGAUCAAUUUGAAGUGAAACGAUUGAUUCGAGCCUGCGAGAAAUUUUUGUUGCGAAAAGACAUUGACCAGAACGGUGCAUUCGAAUUGGCAAUUUAUCACAAUUUGGAAAGAGUUCUGGUAUAGAAGCAUGUAACAUAAAUUGUUUUUGUCAUAUAUUUUUUCAGUGCGAGAAAAUAAAUGAAAAAAGUGUGGAGGAUCUUGAACUUUGUUGGUCCCACAACUUCCCCC